GAAUUACUGCAUAAGAGAUUCUUCAAGUAAUUGCAUACGGCAUACCUCCUAAUGAAAAUACAGGCUUAUAGAUACCUAUGUUUACCUGGCUAAAUCCUCAUGCCACCACCCGCUAUGACGAGCGCCACCCCGCAACUUACUCGAGCCACCGUGAAGGCUGCUACACCGCUUAAACCUAUCCUCAAAUCAUCAUCGGCCUUACUCGGCACUAGAAGAACCAGCGACGAUGCGGGGCUCGACGACGAUAACAUGGACUACCCGCAAAAUCCCCGUAAGCGCCAGAGAGUCGAGUUCGACCUACACAAUAUCGAGAUCCAUGAGAUUGGUGCACGAUCAGUCGAGGAGAUUAAACAAGAGAUCAAGAAAGCUUUGGAUCGCCAUGAUCAAGGUGACGAUGAGGACUACGAUAUGUUGAAGGAUACUCUAUCCGGAAAACAGAUAUCGUCGUAUGAUGACGAUGAAGACGAGGAUGUUGACCCUACUCUGCCAGCUAAGCGACGCCAGGAACUUAAGGUCUACCUCGUCUCACUUGCAAGCUUCUCUCCUCGCCUGGGAAGAUCAUGUGAUGGUCUGGUCAAGAGCGUCCUGCAAUGUCAAUGGCUUGGACGUGACGAACAAUUUGCCAAGAUCUACGUCCAGUUUCUCGCCGCCCUUGUUAGCGCGCAAGGCGCCCGUCUCACGCAAGUAUUAUCGUCCAUAGUGGAAAGAUUUACCGAUUCGCGACCCUCCGACUGGGCCGUGCCGAAUUACCCAACUGUUAGCAAAGAUGCUGUUAUGGAGAGGUUGCAUGUCGCCCUACGAUAUCUAUUGCAGCUAUUUCCUUCCACUAAGCCUGUUCUCGAACAUCUCAUGGGUACUAAAUACCCCUUCCACGACGAAUCUAAGCGAAUGCAUAUGGCCUACGUCGAUAAUCUCCUGAGAAUACGAUCGUACUCUCCUGAUCUUAGAGCGGAGAUAAUGGAUCUGAUUGUCAGUCGAUUGGUCAAGAUCGACGUAGAAAUGCAGAUGGACCUUGACGAUAUGGACGACAGGCUUGCCGCAAUGGUAGCCAUGGCUCUCAAGUCUUCCCGCGAGAACGGUAACCAGGAUGAAGAAGACUCGGAUGAGAGCGACGCCGAAUCAGUAGACAGCGACGAAUCUGAAGAGAAUGAGUACACGCGCGUUAAGACGGCAAAAGAGAACAUUGAGAAGAUGGAUUCUGUACUCGACACUCUCUUCGAUCUUUAUACGCCAAGCUUUGCCGAUCCCGAUUCGGAUGAGGCUUUGGAAGCUUUCGAGGAUCUUCUAUCCGAGUUCUCUAACCUCAUUCUGCCAACAAUUAAGUCCAGGCAUACCCAAUUUUUGAUCUUCCAUUUCGGCCAACGAUCAGAGAGGCUUAUGGACGCAUUCUGCGGCACUUGCAUCAAUAUUGCAUUCGAGUCACAACGCCCACUCAUCUUACAGCAGGCGGCAUCUUCUUAUUUGGCUAGUUUUGUUGCUCGAGGAGCGCAUGUGCCAGGCCAUAUCGUGGUCAAGAUUUUCGAAGUCCUCGGUUACCAUUUGGAUCAGAUGCGCUCGCUGUACGAAACUUCGUGUCGCGGACCGGACGUCCGUCGAUACGCGCCGUUCUAUGCAUUAAUGCAAGCUUUAUUAUACAUAUUUUGCUUCCGAUGGCAAGAUCUUAUCAAGUCGGUACCCGACGAAGUCGAUAAGGAUGACCUUUCGACAUAUCUAGAUCAGGAGAUUGAAUGGGAGGCGGAGAUUAAGGACAUCAUGAGGCGCAACAUCUAUUCGAAGCUCAACCCCCUCAAGAUCUGCUCGCCAGUUAUCGUCGAGCAGUUCGCGAAGCUAGCUCAUCGAUUCCGCUUCAUGUACGUAUAUCCGCUUAUCGAAUCGAACAAGCGCCUUCGCCUAUCGCAAUUCUCGUCCGGAGCAUACUCUAGUGGAGGUGGCCUACGAGAUAUGUCGUUCGACAUGAACGAUGAUAGUUGGCAGCAGCUAGGUUCUUUCUUCCCGUUCGAUCCGUAUCAAUUACCGGUGAGCAAGCGGUGGGUUGAGCAGGACUACCUGCAGUGGCAACCUAUUCCUGGACUCGACCAGGACGAACGAGACGAGGAUAGCGAUGACGAACAAGAGGAAGGAGAGGAGGAAGUCGAGGAGGAUACUGCCACAGAUGAUGAGGCUGGCGUGGAUGAGUAAAUAGCGGUUUCUGUAUAUUGUGACUGCAUUUGAUCGGCGUCGGCAUGGGGUUCGGUGGUCAAAAAGGAAGAUACCUGUAUUUACGGACGGCGCAUUGGGAGACAAGUGCAAUUGACUAAAUGAUAAUUCCUCAGGACCCUUUAUUUUGCUGUGUGCCAACCCCUUACUACCCCAGAGGUUGCUGUACGUUCUCGGCUGCGUCAACCCGCAGAUUAUGUACACCUAAUUAAGCGGUCUCUGUACAUGGAUGAAAAAUGUUUUUGUUUUACUUUUCGCAUUGCAUACAGCACUAUCCUUGCUUUGAAAUAACGCAGUCAUGUAAAGUGGUUUGAGUUGACGAACUUUGAAUGAAAGUUGAUCUGCGCAUAUCCAAAAAGGAGAGCCGGAUUCCAAAUCGUCGAUCUCCACCUCCUGGAUGCGGAAGAGCCCCACGUUGCUUACAUC